AUGAUCACCGCCGUUGCCGCCUCGAUGGGCCGCGCGGCGACUCCAGCCCCCGGGGCCCAGUCCUCCCGGUUGCCGCGCGCCGUCUCGAGGCUGCGGCUCGUGCUUCGCUCCUCGGAAGCGGCGGCGAGGAGCGGCAGAGAGAGAUGGAUGGGGUGCUUCCGGCCGGCGCCGUCGCCGGCCACUGCGGCGGCCGCGGUGAAGGAGGCAAUGAAGGGAAAGCGGCCGGAGGUGGAGGUGGAGCCGGCGCGCGGCGGAGGGGAGGACGUGUGGAGUGCUGACGCGGAAGUGGCGCAGGCUGGGGCGUUCCCCGAGCACCUCGUCAUCAUGGUCAAUGGCCUCGUUGGGAGCGCGGACGAUUGGAAGUUCGCGGCGGAGCAGUUUGUGAGGCGGAUGCCGGACAAGGUGAUCGUGCACCGAAGUAAAUGCAACUCUGCCACUCAAACAUUUGACGGUGUUGACUUAAUGGGUGAAAGGCUAGCAAAUGAGGUUCUAUCAGUUGUAGAGCAAAGACGAGGUGUGAAGAAAAUCUCGUUUGUGGCACAUUCUCUUGGUGGGCUUGUUGCCAGAUAUGCUAUAGGAAGGCUCUAUGAACCUAAUAGUAGAAGUAAAUCUUCUGGGGGCAGAGAUGAUGUUGAGCACUUGGAGGGUCACAUUGCUGGUUUAGAACCUAUGAAUUUCAUAACAUUUGCAUCACCACAUUUGGGUUCAAGUGGAAACAAACAGCUACCUUUUUUAUGUGGCCUGCCUUUCCUUGAGCGAAGAGCUUCAGAAACUGCACAUUUGAUUGUUGGGAGAACUGGAAAGCAUCUAUUCCUUACAGACAAUGAUGAUGGUAGACGCCCACUCCUCCUUCGAAUGGUUGAUGACUCUGGUGAUUUACAGUUCAGAUCAGCGUUGCGUUCUUUCAAACGGCGCGUAGCAUAUGCUAAUGCCAAUUUUGACCAUAUGGUUGGAUGGAGAACAUCAUCAAUCCGACGUCAGCAUGAGUUGCCAAAACAUCGUCUUCUUGUUCGCGAUGAAAAGUAUCCACAUAUUGUUUAUGUUGAAAAGGAAGUUACAGACAACAAUGGAACAGAAGCCCAUGCUGAUCUUUAUGAUCCAGAAGAGGAGAUGAUAAGAGGCCUUACGCAAGUUCCAUGGGAACGUGUUGAUGUAAGCUUCCAGAAAAGCAGCCAAAGAUUAGUUGCGCAUAACACAAUUCAGUACUCCGUGAGAGGCAGCCGCAGCCAUGCCUACAGCAACAGCCACACAAAAGAGCAACCGAAUUUAUAUCUUCAAUGCCUGGUAGAUACAUACUAA